UGCAACAUGACCACAUCACUAUAAAAUUUGAUGAAAUUGUUUUUUUUUUUUCUUUUUUGGUCCACUUAUCAACAACGUAUGGUUGAGAAAUCUUGAUUGACAGUGAGCUACUAGACAACUAAAAGGAGCAUCUCAACAUUUAAACCUCAGCCGGAACCUAAACAUUUUCUGGCCUAUCGAAGGUAAGUAACAGAAAUGCAAUAUCACACUGCACUUCACACUUGCACGUGUGCCUUGGCUCCUCUAAGCACCCACAGAAGAUCAGUUUACAAGGCAAGUCUACCCCAGUGCAACACAAUAAAGAAGCAGGAUAAGGCGCGACGUAAAAUUGCUUGGCGACCGAUUUCACUGUCGCUAUUUGGCUCAGGCUUUGUCUUAGGUCCCCUCAUUGAUGGCCUUCAUUCGCGGGUUAACCUUGUGGUUUAUCAAACGGGUUCAAUACACAUCGGUCCUCUGCGCACCGAUAUCUGGGUUUGAACAUCUAAGUAUCUCUCAAUGUAUUUUGAUCCCGACCUCCUCAUGACGAGGGUUCCUCUUCUGCUGGGAUUGUUCUACUGCACUGUUGGAAUAUCGCAACUCUACUUGGAUGAAAGAACAUCCUCCAAUGUAAUUCCAGAAGAAAGUUUAAAGAAAACAGCUGUCUCACUAAUAUCAUUGGUGCUAUUCAUAGAGUUGAGUGCAGAGCUGUAUAAAUCAGGCGUUCCAGCUAACAUCGAAGCCUAUGCCUUGUUCGCGGGUGCAGAAUUCGUAUGGUUUCUUGCUAAUAGGACUUGGUUUGGCUUUGCCGUAGCCUGUCUUAUAGGCCUUGUUUGCCCACUUGCUGAAAUACUACUCAUGAAGUAUUUCCAUCUAUGGUAUUAUCCUCAAGCAAACAUACAAAUCGUUGGCGAGGGACUUGUCAGCUGGACCAUCACUUGCUACUUCGUUUACGCUUUUUUCUUGAUCAAUUAUUCGAGAUGGCUGAAAUCAAUAUUUCUAGCUGAUGAUGAGAAAGAUACGGCAUAAAAUAGGCAUCAGACAUGCAUUUGUACCAGCAGAAGUUUGACGCAUAAGAAUCGAGAUGUAUAAAAAUUUGAUUUCCUUGAAUUUAAUGUAUAUCGUGAAAGUUGUGUGCAAUAAUACAUUGCAAACAGCAAUAUGAAAAACAAACUUGUAAUACUGAGCUUGGAAAGGUGAGCAUCACCUAGACCUUAGCUAGUAAAUAUCACAUUUGAAAUAUCGGGAAACUUCUCCUUGA